AAACUCACUACAGACUGAAUUACUGCAACUUCUCCAACUUUCAAAGAGUUGCGCAGUCCGCUUUGCGCCUUUGCAAAGCCCCCUCACACUAAACUCAUCCACCCUUUUCCCCCCCUAACUUCUUCUUCUGCCUGCGUCGCUUCAUCAUGCUCCACUGCCAUGUUCCCCAUCUGCUCCUCUCUCUGCUCUGCAUCGGAUCGGCUGCCCAGUCUGAGUCGGACACAGAUGAAGUGGUUCCCUGGCUGCUGUCCGGACAGGAGGCGCACCUGUCCGCCGUCCACACGCUGCGGCGCCGCGGUCAGCGCUCCCUGGACGUCCCGGGGGGAGGGCAGCGUGACCCGGGUCAUAUAAUACUGUCAGUGCCCGCUUUUGGAAGGACCCUGUAUCUAAACCUGACGCGGGACACUGACUUUCUGUCGGGGGGCUUCGUGGUGGAGGAGCGGCGGAGGGAACAGCCCGCAGCUGUGAGCAGAUUGUCCACCAAUCAGCGCUGCUUUUACUCCGGAUCCAUCGUCAACCACACGGACUCUCUGGCAUCUGUGAGCACCUGUGGAGGCCUGACUGGACUGAUCCAGGUCGGGGAGGAGAGCCUGUUCAUCCAGCCGCUGGGUGAAUACGACCCGUCACAGUCGUUCUCCGGACACAAACACCGGCUGCAGCGACAGCGGCGCUCUGCAGAGACCAGCUCUGCUCCGGAUUCUGAGCAGCCCGUCUACUGUGGGACUGUGCAAGGGAAGAAAAAGGAGAAGGUGACUAAAAUGGGUGAGGACGGUCGUGGGAAGAGAAAUGCCAUCAGGCUGCAUGAAGCGUACACUGUGGAGACAGUGGUGGUGGCUGACUCCGACAUGGUGCAGUACCACGGCGCCGAGGCGGCUCAGAGGUUCCUGCUGACCGUCAUGAACAUGGUCUACAACAUGUUCCAUCACCGCAGCCUGGGGGUCAGGAUCAACAUUCGGGUCACCAAGCUGGUGUUGCUUCACAGCCGCCCAGAACGGCUCAAAGUGGGCCAUCAUGGUGAGAGGUCGUUGGAGAGCUUCUGUCAGUGGCAGUAUCAGGAGUUCGGGGGGCCGCGGUACCUGGGCACCAACCACGUUCCUGGUGGACGAGACGACAUUCCACCUGUGGACACUGCUGUGCUAGUCACCAGGACAGAUUUCUGCGUUCACAAAGACGAACCCUGUGACACUGUGGGUAUUGCUUAUCUGGGCGGAGUCUGCAGUGCGAAGAGGAAGUGUGUGUUAGCUGAGGACAACGGACUCAAUCUGGCCUUCACCAUCGCUCACGAGCUGGGACACAACAUGGGAAUGAGCCAUGACGACGACCACGCCACGUGCACCGGUCACUCCCACAUCAUGUCUGGAGAGUGGGUGAAAGGGAGAAACCCCAGCGACCUGUCCUGGUCCUCCUGCAGCCGCGAUGACCUGGAGAACUUCCUCAGGACCAAAGCAAGUGCCUGCCUCCUGCACACAGACCCCAGGAGCAGGUACCAGGUCCGGCUUCCUCCCAAGCUGCCGGGCAUGCACUACAGUGUGGACGAACAGUGCCAGAUCCUGUUUGGAACCAACGCCACCUUCUGCAACAACAUGGAACACUUGAUGUGUGCUGGUUUGUGGUGUUUAGUAGAAGGAGACUCGACCUGUAAGACUAAACUGGAUCCUCCUCUGGAUGGGACAGAGUGCGGAGCAGACAAGUGGUGCAGGACAGGCGAGUGUGUCAGUAAGACACCCAUCCCUCAGCAUGUGGAUGGUGACUGGAGUCCAUGGAGCCCGUGGAGCAUGUGCAGCAGGACCUGUGGUACAGGAGUCCAGUUCAGACAGAGGAAAUGUGACAACCCUCCUCCUGGUCCUGGGGGGCGACACUGUCAGAGAACCAGCGUGGAGCACAAAGCCUGUGAAGGCCCCCCCUGUCCUAAGGGGGCCCCCAGCUUCAGAGACCUGCAGUGUCUCUCCUACGACCGCCAUGCCAGCAAGAAGAAGGGCAGCAUGCUGACUGCUGUUAUUAAUGACGAAAAGCCGUGUGUGUUGUUCUGCAGCCCGGUGGGUCGAGAUGUGUCGGUGCUGAUGGCUGACAGAGUGAUGGACGGGACGCCCUGUGGACCGUAUGAGGCUGACCUGUGUGUUAACGGGAGGUGUCAGAAAAUUGGCUGUGACGGCAUCAUCGGCUCCUUAGCCAAAGAGGACCGCUGCGGUGUGUGCAACGGAGACGGGCGCUCCUGUAGGAUCGUGAGAGGAGACUUCAACCACACCAAAGGAAUGGUCACCACUAGGCAGUGUAAGAGGGUAUCUACCUGUGUGAUGGCUAAACCCAGAGCUGUCCCCAAGUGUUUCUCAUGCUACAUCGAGGCCGUGGUGAUCCCUGCAGGAGCCAGACGGAUCAAAGUAGUGGAGGACAAACCAUCACAUAGCUUUCUUGCCCUCAAAGACUCGAGUAAGAGUUCCAUCAACAGUGACUGGAAGAUCGAGCUCCCUGGAGAGUUUGAGCUGGCCGGGACCACCGUGCGCUACGUGAGGAGAGGACUGUGGGAGAAGAUGUCUGCCAAGGGACCCACGAAGACCCCCCUACACCUGAUGGUGCUGCUUUUCCAUGACCAGAGCUACGGGAUCCACUAUGAGUACACUGUGUCUCUGAACUUGACUCAGGACAGGAGCAGUGAGGAGCAGAGAGAACCAGAGUACCUCUACAUCUGGACUCACAGCAGCUGGCAGGACUGCACUGUUCAGUGUGGAGGAGGUGAAAGGAGGACAGUGGUCUCCUGUAUGAGGAUAGCCAAUAAAACCAUGGAGGUGGUCAACGAUAGCCACUGUCAACCUGAGAACAGGCCACACCCCCAAAUACGACACUGCAACUCUCACCCCUGCCAGUACAGGUGGGUGACUGGAGAGUGGGGGUCCUGCUCCGUCACAUGUAGUAAAGGUCUGCAGCAGAGGGAGGUGGUCUGUGUGUACCACCUGCAGAACGGCUCCCUCAUCCACACCAGAGACCUGUACUGCCAGGGAGGGAAACCCCCGGUGAUUCAGGGCUGUGAGGGCCGACUGUGCCUCACAGUGUGGGAGGCUUCAGAGUGGUCCAAGUGUUCGUCGGGCUGUGGCGAAGGUGUUCGCAGACGGACAGUGUCAUGUACAAACCCUCAGAGUCUGUGUGAUCCACUGUCCCAGCCCACCAAAGAGGAGCCCUGUGAGGACUUCUCCAAAUGUUACGAAUGGAAGACGGGAGACUGGUCCAAGUGCUCGUCAUCCUGUGGGAAGGGCCUGCAGUCCCGAGUGGUUCAGUGCAUGCACAAAGUGACCGGUCGUCAUGGUAACGACUGUCCAUCGACAUUGAGACCACCGACCUACCGACCCUGUCACCAAGGGACCUGCAACGAGAAAAUCAACGUGAACACCAUCACCUCUCCCAGGCUCGCUGCUCUGACCUACAAAUGCCUGGGGGACCAGUGGACGGUGUACUGUCGCGUGGUCCGAGAGAAGAACCUGUGCCAGGACAUGAGGUGGUACCAGCGCUGCUGUGACACCUGUAGGGACUUUUACGCCAAGAAAAUACUGCACAAGAGCUAAUGACCACAUUUCUCUCCAAAUAGCGUUCCAUUUUUUGUAAAUGUUUUAUAAUAUUGUUAAACGUUAUAAGAAAAAGCAGUUAAUGACAGAUGGAACUUUUUGUAUUUAAAUAAGAAAAAAGCCGGUACAUGAAAGUGUACGUUUUUAAAAUGGGCUCAUAAGCUUCUAAUUUUGAUGAAGACUUGAAAAUGUCCUAUUUUUCUCUUUGCUGUACACCAAAAAAAACAAAACAGGGGAGUAUUUAGAAUUCCACUUCAGGAGGAUUUAUUGCACAGAAUGACUGAAAAUAUGUGCUCGAUUAGAAAGACGACUUCUCUGUCUCUCCCUCCUUUAUUAUUACUAUGUUGUACUGUGUUAUAGUCAAAUGUUGCAUUUUCAAAAAAAAAAAAACAAGUUAAAUUGUUUACAUAUAAUAUAAUUAUGAUACUCAAGUAUUAUUAUAUUCUUUGCUAAUGCAUAAUGAAAUACUGUAAGAAUACAGCCUAUCAACCAAACUGGUGUAGAAAGCAGAGACUUUGAGGGUACGUGGUUGUUGUGUUUAAGUCGGUGAUCUCACUUUUCUUGCAAAUAUUAUUACUCAGAUUUAACCUAAGGAUUAUUUUAGUCAUCUCUUGGAUCACCAUCAGUGCCAAAUUGUUUGUUUUGCAGUUAGCGGUAAGAAUGUUGGGUUCAGUCUGAGCAGAGAGAACUGACACUUUUUCACCUGCUCGGCUUUUUGUAGUACUUAGAAACAUGAGUCUGAUGUACAAGGCUGCUGACAUGUGACCUUAAGAUUCAAUGACUCACUUCCCUUGACUUUGCUGUAAUAAUAACAUGAACACUUUGGCAGAUAACAAAUCCAGCGUCAAGUAUCCUGUUAAAGCAGAAAAACAAGGAUCCAGUUCAGUGUGUUCAGACCAGAAAUGCAGCAAGUCUUUUCCAGCGUGAUUACCUGAGGCAAUGCCGUCCUAAAGUCACAAAAAGUACAAAAAAAGAAAUAGGUUACACUUUAUUUGAAGUGGUAUGCAAAGGACUGACAUGACACCUGUCAUUAACAUGAAGGAGGCUUUAUGAAUGUUUAUGAACGUUGUCAUCAAGUGUCAUUCAGUCAAUUAUACCACCUUCAAUGCAAAGUAGACCUUGUUAAGGAUGUCUUUAUAAUGACAACCUGAAAUUAAAAUGUCAUAACAGGCCUGAUUAUCAAGCUUAAAUAAACUAUUUAGCUGUAUCUGUUACAUGACAUUAACCUGUCACAUGAAGUUUAUUUUGACUUUGGCUGUCAUCUUAAUAACUAGUCCAGAGUGUUAUAAUGGUGUAAUGUGCUUAUAAGUUAUCAUCUAGCCGACAGGUUCAUUUCUUGUUAGCACAAAUUAGAUGAUAACUUUGUGCACCAGGCAAUUGUAUAAUAUUUUGCACACAUAAUAGUCUUGUAUAACCAUGUUAUUAUCUUGUAGAAACAAGAUAAUUGUUAUGUAAGCACAUGUCAUCUAAUUUGUGUGCACAAGAUAAUACAAUUUUUCAUAGUUUUGA